UCGAAGAGUAUGCUUUCAGGUGAGAGUGGGAUGACAAGAUGAAGCUCUCAAAGGUGACUAGAGUGGGAGGAUAUAAAAAGAAAACUGAAGAAGUGGGAGCAGGGUGCUUGAGGUGGAAGACUUGUGUGGUGAGGUUGUGGCAGCUCAUUGAAAAUUUUCCCCGAGAUGAGAUUGAAGAUGAUUUAACAUUUGAUGGGACAAACCUGGAUGACUUUGUCGACAACUUACAACUAUCUGCAGAGGAAGGUGGGGGAAAUGAUGAGGAAAAGAAGAAGAGGUUGGUAGAAAGGACAGAAAAAAGUCAGAAUGAGGACGUGAAGAGGAUUGUGGAAGAGGCUUGGACUUGGCAGGGGAUAUUGAUAAAGUUGCAAAUGACAUACACCCAGAUGAGGCAAGACCAGACAAAGAGGGAAAGGCUACAAGAGAAGGGAUUGUGGAUUGGAAGGGAGAAGGAUGAGUUGCAGAGAAAAACUCAGGAAGAAGGGGAGGAAAAGGAUGUACCCUUGAGGGGUCUGAGAAGCAAGCCUAGAACUUUUCCCAAGGACAGAAGAAGCGGGGCAGAUCAGGCAGUGGAAAAAGAAGAGGAGGAAAAAAAGGAGGUAGCAGUAGAGUUGAAGAAAGACCAAGGGAAGAUACGCGAAAGUGGCAAGGAAAUUGGGGAGAUGGAGAAAGGAAGAAAUGAGAAGGAAGUUUGUGAGGACUCGGAUGCUUUGGGGAAGGGGCUUCGGUCAGAGCUCAAGGGAAGCAUUGAGCUCUCCACCCAAAGAUUUAUAGAUUAUAUCCCUGGGCUCCUGAAAGAAAUGAGCAGGCUGAGGAAAAGGGAAGAGGAAAGGGAUGUCCAGAUGACAAGAUUGAUAGAGGAUUUGAAAGGGAUGAGAAAGGAAGUGGAGGACUUGAACAAGGGGAAGGAAGAACUGUUAAAACAAGUAAGUACAUUGGAGGUUCCCCUGGCCCAGAAGGGCAAGGAAUUAGAAGAUGAAGUGGUAGAGAGGGAGAAGAAGAUGGAGAAGAAAGUUGAAGGUUUGUGCUCAGGAAUCAGUGUGCAAGGGGAAGAUUUGGAGAAAGAGAUCACAGAAAGGGAAAAGAUGAGUCAGAUAUGGGAAAUGAGAUGGAAUGAAAUACUGAAAGAGAUGAAAGAGCUCAAACUGAGUCACCAAGAGAAAGAGAAGGAGACCACAAGAGUGGUGGAGUGGAAAGAUGAGGAAGGGUUUAAGAUUAAGAUGACAGCAGGAGAAAGGGAGGAGUCACUGUCCAUAAAAGAAGAGGAAAGGAAGGACGAGCAGACUGAGGUUGGAAAAGAGGGACCCUCCAGCAAGAGGCCACAAGAACAGCCAAGGGUUGAAGGGCCUCCUGCCUCAGAGGAAGAGAAGAGUGAAUGUUUGGCUUUGCCUCAGCAGAAGGGCAUCAAGAGGAAUGGACAGCCUGGAAUGAAAUCAUCAGAAGGGGCUGGGAGCCAGACAGAGACUUCAGCCCAGUCUCACAAAAAGAAGGCCAGAUACAACAAGGUCAGAAGUGGGUGCUUCUUUUGCACAAAAGAAUGACACUUCCGAGAUGACUGUGCAAUAUUGGUCGAAUACAUUAAGAAAGGGAUGACCAGGUUUGACUCAUAGGGAAGGUUGGUUACCAGCACUGGACAGAUAAUCCCCAGGACACCUGAAGGUGGCGGAGUAGAACUUCGUUGGAUGUUGGGGCUGACAAUCAUCUUCUCAGAUUAGAAGUAAAUAGUCGUUUAAAAC